AUGGUCAAGCUGAUUUCGAGAAAGAUCGACCAGCUGGCGGAGGGAGCAAGUGUGGGAGGGGGUGCUGACCACGAGGGAGGAGGCGAGAAGACGGGACGCGUCGUGAUUGAGUACAGCGUCGAGGAGGAGGAGGAGGAGAUCGAGGAGGAUACAUCGAGGCAGGCUCAGCACGGGGCGAGCGGCCCGGGCGGCGAUGCGAACCAGGACGAGGACUCGAGCUCGGAAUCGAGCCCCGGCUCGAGCUCGAGCGAUGAGUCGGUCGAGGACGACGGCGAGGGCGCCGGACAUCGAACGGAGCGUACUGGGGAGCACGGAGUGGCGCUCGGGGAGCGGGUGGACGAGCGAGUAGAGCUUAUCGAGCAGCAGGCGACAGGGGAAACAAAGACUGUCGAGGAGCAGGAGGGCGGAGCGGCUGCGCAGGAGGGUGGGGUCGGAGGGCAGCAGCAGGUGGUGGGCGAGGUGGCUGCGCAGGAGGGCGGGGCAGGAGGGCAGCAGCAGGAGGGCGUGGCGGCUGCGCAGAUGGGUGGGGCAGGAGUGCAGCAGCAGGAGUUUAGGGUUGCGGCUGCGCGGGUGAGUGGGUCGGGAGGGCAGGAGCAGGAGGUCGGGGAGGCUGUUGAGGAGUAUCGUCGAGGAGAUGAGCGACAGGCCGCCGUAACAAGGAGUCACCGCACGGCCAGUGGCAGCGGACAGGCGGGCCAUUCGACCGGGAACCUGUUGGAAGGGGCGCGGGCGAAGAUCGACGAGAUGAGCGGGAAGAUCAUCGAGGGGGUGGUAGCCGCCAUCACAAAAGCGAGCGAGGACGCCGUCGAGAAGCAGCUCAAGCAGGUCGAGGAGCGGCUGGUUGCUGCGGUGCUGAAGGGUUUCGAGAAAGCCAUCAUGGAGGACAUGUUUUGCUCCACUCUCCCACCCGAGACCAUGAAGGAGCUGAAGGACAUUCCCGGUUGGAUCCCCACCGGCGCGUGGCCGUCAUCCCGUCGCCAAGCCCGUCCCCAAGUCAUCGUACUCGACCAGUCAGCCCUCCCGAAGACCUCCGUAGCGGCUCCGAUCGAUCAACCUGAUGCGAUUGCUUCGAUGCGGGACAUGCUGCAAGACCUGGGGAAAACGGGUGGGAAAGGAGUGGUCGCGGGGGAGAAAAGUGGUGCCCCGAACGAGCACGUCGCCUCAACCGGGAACAGAGCCCUAGGAAUGCGAGGUGCCUCUACCCCGUCAGGCGGCGGUGCAGGGAAAGGAGCGGGAGAAGCAAGCGCUGGGUUGCUGUCGAAGCCUAAAGCGGCAUCAGCUGCGCACGGCGGUGGUGCUGGCCUUGCUGCCGGGCUUGUGGGAAAUUGGGCGUCUUCCUCAACCCCUCCAGUUGCUCCUUUCGCCGCUGCUCCGUCCCUAGGCAACGUUUGCCUUAGCGAUCCGGGCUCCCCUUCAAAGUCGAAGAAGAAGUCGGCUGCGACGAAGUCGUCGAAGCGCGCUGCACACGCGACAGAGAGCCUUGACGUGGUGGAGCUGGCCAGCGUCCCUGGUCAGGCGCCUGUCGAGAAGACCUCUAUUGUCGUUGCUGCUCGACAUGAAAAGGCGAAGAAGGCCAGGGUCACGGGUCACACCCCACCUCCUCGACCGGACGACCAAGGCAAGACGAGAGGCUGCAAACGUCCCUUCAAAGGACCGGGUUUCGGGUUGCGGAAGGGGAAGCUGGUUUCCGAGCAGACCGUCGGCGGGAGGAAGCGGUUCCUUGGCACAUUUGAAAUAGAGAAGGACCAGAAGUUCUGUACGGCCGUCUGCUGGCGCGUGUACUUCCCCGACGUUGUCCUUACGGAGUACGAAGGGUACACGGCGCAGGAUGAGGAGGACUGGAAGGUCUACCUUGAUGCGGCCGCAGAAAUGCCAACCGGCGUUUGGAGCGUGGCGCAAGAACAAGGGGAAUGCCGUUUUGACGAGUAA